UUUUUAUAAUUUAUUAUAUUCUUUUCACCAGCUAGCAAAGUCAAAGUCAGAAGUUUAAUUGUCCAUCUCCAAUUGCCUGUUUUCAUUCUUCUUGCACAAUCUAUGGAUGAACUUGUGUGGGUGGGAUGUAAAUGAUUUGCUCAUGGUGUGUGUGCAUAUAGGCACUGAUGGACCUACAGCAAUCCUGAAAAACAUCAGCCGUGUUGGUUUAAGAUGACAAGCAAAGCUUGAACUCAUAAGAUGUGCUCAACAUUAAGCUUGAUUCAAUCAUUAAUGAAUCUGAUGUCUUCAAACUAACUUAAACUAUUAGUUGAGCCUAAUGCAUCUUGUGAUCUUAGUGUCCAAAUUUACUAAUACUACACCAGGAACUUUAAAUUACUGUGUGACACCUCAUCACAAACAUGUUAUGAUGGCUGAAUACCUCCUGUUAUGCAAUGACCACAUGACCUUGUUUUUGUAACCCAGCUCAAAGUGUGGUCAAAAACACAUCUGAGACGUGCGCUCAUAACUCCUGUUGUGUGACAGGCAAAUAUGUGUUUUAAUCUCUAAUUAUAUGCUACAUUAUUAUUAUAACACACACUCUCAGAAAUCAAGAUAUGAAAGCUGUCACUGGGACAGAACGGUUUCAAAAGGAAGACUUUUGUACAUUAUUUAGCCCUAAAAGUUUGUAUUAGUAUCUUAAAGGUACUUUUUAGCUCCUGAAGUGAACAAAUUAGUACCUAAAUGAUGCAUAGUCACAUCAGAGUGAACUUUCUGAGAGUGCAGAUGAUAAACAGCAUCAUCAUGAACCUGUUAUUGGUGAAAUGGGUCACAGAUGUUGCGUUGUUCUGUAUCGCACACUUAGUCCUAGAGUAAAUAUUGACGUCUGCACAACCAGAGUAAACCUGUGCACUGAAAACAGCAUAAUUAAUACAGGCGAGCGCCAUGUCAAUGAUUAACUUCUCUGAGGUCACCAUGUCACAGCAUAAAAGCACAGCACACAUGCACAGAGAGCAAAUCUGGCACACCGCAGUUGAUAUCGGCUUCAGUGCAUCGCUUGUUCUGCUAUGAGAAGGCUGUGUGUGUUUGUGUUGUUGGUGAGCGUCCUCAUCUGUCCGGUGGAUCUAUCUCCGGUCAUCGGGCCUGAACCCAUCCGCUGCGCUCCAUGCUCUCCGGAGCAGCUGGACUCCUGCCCCGCCGUGUCCUCGGACUGUCCAGAGGUGCUGCGAGAGCCGGGCUGCGGAUGCUGCAUGUCCUGUGCGCUGAAGAAAGGAGAGUCCUGUGGCGUUUAUACUGCUCCCUGCGGCGCUGGCCUGCACUGUGUCCCUAGACCCGGUGACCCGCGGCCGCUGCACGCUCUGACCCGCGGACACGCUGUCUGUGUAGAGUAUGACCACACGCAAGAUGAGCCAGACAUCACGUCUGACCAGGACUCGCUGCAUUACCUGCUGGGCCUCAACCGGCCGCUGGACCCACGGGACGCAGCGGAGGCUCAGGAGAGCAUCAAGGCAAAAGUCAACGCCAUCCGGAAGAAACUGAUACAACAGGGUCCGUGUCACACUGAGCUGCACGCAGCUCUGGACGUCAUCACUGAAUCCCAGCAGACGUUAGGAGAGAAGUUCACCAGCUUCUACCUGCCCAACUGUGACCAGCACGGGUUCUACAAGACCCGGCAGUGUGAGACGUCUCUGGUGGGCCAGCCCCCCCGCUGCUGGUGCGUGUCGUCCUGGAAUGGGAAGAGAAUCCGUGAGGAUCUGGCGUCUGAUUCCCAGUGUCUUCAGGAGCUCACACACUGAACCAGAGCUCCAGCUCACUUACCUUAGGUUUCCUUCCGUACUAUAUUUAUUCUUAGUUAUAUGACUAAUAUUUAUGAACUAGUUUUUGACAGAAUUCUCAGCAUGAUCCAGAUCUGGGUCUUCAGAAGCUCAGAGAAAGCUUCACUCCUCACGUAAACCACGUCUGUUCUUCUGAUGUUAUGACUGAUUCUGAUUCUGUCUGUGUCCGCUGUGCUUUUUCCUGACCACUUUAAUUCAGUUAAAGUGUGCAAUUGCACAGCAGAAGUCCAAGGUGAACCUAUUUGGACGUUGAUAUUAUAUGUUGAUAUUUGGAUGAUGAUGAUAUUAGUCUGUAAACCAUUCCAUUUGUUUUUAAACUCAAUGUUGUUUGCUUUAUGAUAUUUGACUAUGUAUUUAAACCAAAUGUCUACCUCACAUUAGACAUGACGCCUUUAUGGACUCAUGCAUUUAACAUAUUUAAGAGUGCUGCUGUAUUUAUUCUGAAAAUAUUAUUUUAUUGAAUAUUAAUGUAAUGUAUAUAAUCUCAAGAGUUUGUUUCAAUAAACCAUUAGAGACUGUA